GGCGUGGCCGGCAGGCGCCCGCUCCCGCCUCCCAGCGCCGCGCCUGCGCGGUGGCCGCCCGCCGCCGCCGGGCUGUGGCAUCCGGGGCCUCGUCGCGGCCGUUGAGCGAUGGCGACGGUGGCGGAGCUGAAAGCAGUUUUAAAGGAUACACUGGAAAAAAGAGGUGUUCUUGGACAAAUAAAGGCAAGGAUCAGAGCUGAAGUUUUUAAUGCACUGGAUGACCAAAGCGAACCACGGCCACCACUGUCUCAUGAAAAUCUCUUAAUCAACGAACUAAUUCGUGAAUACCUGGAAUAUAACAAAUAUAAAUACGCAGCAUCUGUUUUAACUGCAGAAUCUGGCCAGCCUGCAGUGCCCUUGGAUAGACAGUUUCUUGCCAAAGAGCUGAACAUAGCUGAAGACGCAAAUGGAAAAUCAGUCAGACCUCUCUUGUAUGGAAUUCUCUCUCAUUUCUUACAUGGUGGUAAAGAAGGAAGUACCCAGAAUACCCUUCCAAAAGUGUCUUUGCUGAAUUAUCCAAAGCAAAACUUUGGCAAACCACCUUCUGAGAGAAGUCAAAAAGUUUCAGAUAGAAUUCCAGAACCAGGAAGGAUGGCUGGCACGAGCAUCGAAGAGCCCCUUGUUUUACAAAGUAUAAACAGAUGAUGUCUUUCACAUGCUAAUUCCUCAUGUAAACUUCUGCAAGAGUUCAUUUAGGAAAUUCUUCUUUGCAUAAGUGUCCCCAGUAUGUCCAGUGGGACCAUUUCGGCUUGUCAGACCUACCCAUGAGACAGGAUGACGGGGUCAUACUUACCGUUAAUGAAAAAAUUGUUAGCAAGGGCUCUUCCUCCAGUGCUCGCAGAAGGAAGACCGUAUCUGAAGUCACACUAGUGAAGCCUGUGUCUAGAAUUGGGCCUAGAAAUACUGGUUACAUUAUAAAAUUUUAUCACAUAACUUAGCAUUUCUGCACUUUCCUUACCAUGUUCUGUCUUUGUGUGUCUUCCCUGUGUUUUUUGAAUAAAUUUUUUCGGUUUUAUUCUGUGUUGUAUUUUGAAAGUCUUCAAACUAAGCAUUUUAAUCAUUCUUCUUUAAGAAGAAGAAGCUGCUACUUUUGGAUAAGUAUGGGAAAAUAAAUUUGAAUAGAAGAGUGCUUUAGAGGAAUAGUUGCUUUUAAUUCUCCGGAAAUGAGGACUAUAUUUAUCUUCAUGCCAACAAACAAAUCAGGGUAAGUCUUUUCCAUCUGGAGUUGCUAUAAAUUGUACGGUGUAACACUGAGUGUAUGGGAGGGAGAGGAACUUCUGUUUUUUUCCCAAACAACAUGAAACUUCAAGUCAGGCAAACUAAAAAUAAAAAGUUGGUAAUAGAUCACUGAUUCUCAACUUUUUUUAGCUGAGGUACUUACAUGUUGUGAAAUGGUAAUUUACUUUAAAAGCCAGACUUGGAGAGGUACAUCAGAAAAUAACAGGUUAGCUAUUUUCUCUACAUUUUAACACGAUGUAUAGAUGUUAAUGUUUCCAGUGGUACUGAGAGGAGUUUUGUAUAAAUAAGUUUUUAGGGUUGCAUUCUUAAAAGUCUUAAUUGUUAGAUAAAUGGUACAGUAAGUGGGGAAAGAAGGGGAAGAGAACAGGCAGUUUGUGAGUUCAAGUGAAAGGACCCCGAGUUGUACAGACUGCAGAGUUUUGCCUUAGUCGUGAUUUGACCCAGUCAGCAUGACAGGUCAUUUUUAUUCUGACAAGCGGCCUCGCCUCUGCUCUGA